UCUGAUUGAGCACACACACACAACUAAUACACGCAAACCACACACAGAGAAGUUAACACACUGCAUCCAAACUAUACACACAGGCAAGGUCUUUAUGCAGAGGGGAUUUGUAUGCAUACAGUGCCUAUAUACACAAUCCCAGUAUACAGAUCUAAUAGAGCAUGCCAUUCAGUGCACUGGCUGUACAUAUACUUCAAGCUGUCUGGCAGAGUUUUGUGGUUUUUCUUCCAGCAAUAUCCAUUGAGGCAUUUUAGAACUUUUGUUUCAUUUUAUCUGCCCAAACAUUUUGUAUACUUUUUAUCUGACAUCAUUUGACCAGGCAAUAAUCUUCAUGAAUGUAAUUUACUAAGUUUUGAUCAAGGCCAGAGACUGCAGUUCUACAAAAUGUUAUUGCUUACUCAGACAUACAUGUAAUGAGACACUGUGACAAUUAAGCAAGGAUAUCACUUUGGGAUUAGUAUAUCUCAACCACCAGCUACCAGCGAUCAUAGCAUCCCGGUAACACCUGCAACUUCGCCAACACUACAAGCAACACCUACAACUACCAAGUUGCUAACGUACAAACUUACAGUCUACCCCUGCAGGCAACAACACAGCAUCAUCUUGCAUCAUGUAUCAUAUUAGCAUCACUGACAACAGUUAGGUAGCGCUUCAGCAACAUUGCCUACCACUUCCGCACUGCAGUUUCAUACCACUCCUACAACACGCAAACGGACUUAUCAUCGGCUGAUAAAAAGUCAGACGUGAUUCAUUCAAGUGGAAAUGAGCUAUCACAACUCUCUUCCACAUCUUUAACGUCAGCAAUGGCAUCAAAGACCACAUCAGCAAUACCAUCAGCAACCACAUCAUCUGACUGUGAAGGUAAUAUUAUUCAAUCAAAAUCAAGCUUUGCGGAGGUAUUGAAUCUACAAACCACAAGCACACUGACAGCAUCAUCCUGCAAUGAGAAAACAACUAGUUUCGCCACCAUGCAACCUACAACCCCAGUUGGCAACACAGACAACGCAUUCCCAAAGAUUCUUCAAUCUCAGGCAGUGGUUAAUGCAAAGAGAAGUUGCCCACAGAAUGAGCAAACUCCUGAACAUGCAACAUCUCUCACAACACCAACCACACCCGACGGUCAAGCAGCCACACCUACCACUACCAACAGUCAAACAGGAACUUGUUCAGAGCAGAAAUGUGCAAGCGGAUCGGUGUCAGGUUCAGAACCUUAUUCAUCAACAAUCUCAACUUCAGCAACUGCAACAACAACUCUACCAUCAAACCGAAUACGACCUGCUUCUUCACCCCAUCCCAAUGUGUCACAGCCAUUUCACCCAGGCAAGCUUUCUCGCAACCAGUUACCCCUCGAUAUGAAGAUUGAAGCUAUACGUCUGAGGGAGGAGGAGGGGCUAAGUGCGCGGAGCAUCAUGGAGAUCAUGAAUAUGCAUGGGUUUAAAUGUGGAAAGACACAAGUGCAAAACAUCUUGAAGCGUAAAGAUGAAUGGAUUGACCAAUAUGCACAAAAUGUACCGCUUUCUCGCAAACGGAAGCUGCGUAAGACAGGCAAUGAGGAGAUCAACCACAAGGUUUACGAGUGGUUUGAAGGCGCUAUAGACCGUAUGAUACCAGUAAAUGGACCGAUGUUGCAACAAAAAGCAGUGGAGAUAGCGAGGGAGCUUGGUAUAGCGGAGUUCAAGGGAUCAAACGGAUGGUUGGAAUCGUUCCGAAGGCGGCAUAGUAUCUCCUUCGGGAAAGCAAAGGGAUUGGAAGGAGACAGCCCGGCCAGUGCCUUAAUGAUUCCAAAGAAAUCUUCGCUUUUGGAAAAAGGUUCCCUUGGAAGCAAUGGAGAAACUUUGUCAAAAGAGCUCCCACAAAUGAUAGUUGGGGAAUAUAUGAAGAAGGAUACAUGUACGUCUGAAAGUUCUCUGCAAGCAGGGGCGAUAGACGGAAAUGAUAGCCCUAAACUUUUGGCGAUGUUACUGAAGAAGAAGGGAAAUGAUUGGUGUAAAAUCAAACAGGACGACACUGCCGGGCCAGAGAAAGGUCAGAAUGAGAAGAAUGAAGAAGAGAAGAAAGACAAUGAGGACAAGAAAGACAAGGAGGAAAAGGAGACUUCGAGCAAUCUCAAGUUUAAGUCCAUCCAUCACGUUGCUGAAGCACUGAGGGAAAUGAAAAUCUUCUUUGCUACCAACAACUAUUCUCAUCUUCUCGAUAGCUGUUUGGAUCUUGAGGAGCAGGUUACGCUGGAAAGCAUUGCAAGGAAAGAGGCAGAGGAGAAGGCUACGGUCCUUGAUCACCUACACCCCUUGGACACCCGACCCUCGUCUAACAUGGAUCCCACUUAACUUUGGAGCGACAUACAGGGCAUGGACCUGGCCAUGGAAGAAUAUCUAUUGUUACUGGGGAUGCUGUGACAAUGCUCAGCAAUCCUCGUAACAAUACAAUCAUCCUCCAUGGACAGGUCCCUGAUGCAGGGGCUGCGGAACGGUAUCGAAAGUCAGGUGGGGGUGACUAUGCAAAGAAUUACAAUUAGAUAGUCAUUUUUAGAUUUAUGUUCAAGGUUUUGAUGAACAUUUGGGGGGCAACCCCCCCCGCCAGUUUGACUUGUACAUGCAUGCAGAGGGAUAUUGACACUCAACUUUCAAUUCAUUCUUAAUUUCAGCUGAUUUACAUGUAUAAUUGUCAAAGGGGAAGUUCACCCUGAUGUCGAUUGGUUAAAAUUUAUACAAGUUGAAAAUAAAAUAUAUUGGUGAGAUUUGGUGAAAAUCUAUUAAAGAAUAUAGCGAUUAAUUUUUUCAUAGUUUUUCUUUGUGAUGUCACAUGCAAGCAUCUCCCCAUCUGACAUUUUCUAAAAAAUUGAAAAUGAUUAUUAUAUCAUCAGACCUAUCUCUUAUCUGCUUAGAAAGAUGAACUAGUUGGUUAACAAAAUCUAUUAAAAAUGGGAAUUCCUGGAAUUCAGCACCUGCUUGCAGAU